ACGCGACUUCAGAUGACUCUGAUGACUACACGAAACGAAAUUGUAUUAUUCGUUCAACGAUAGAACGUACUACCGUAUACGGAUCAAAAUAAGUAAUGAGGGACGAGGAAUUGUUGAGCGAAACGCAAGAAUUUUCCGACAAUCCGUUAAGCAUGGAUUUGGUUGUCAAUCCAGCGAGACAGAGAUUUCCAUUCUGUAUAGUAUGGACGCCGUUACCGAUCCUAUCGUACUUCUUACCGUUUAUCGGUCACAUGGGCAUUGCCACUUCUACCGGUGUGAUACGUGAUUUUGCUGGCCCCUAUCACGUAUCCGAAGAUAACAUGGCGUUCGGAAAACCUACCAAAUACUGGCAAUUAAAUCACGCUAAAGCUAAAGGAGGCGUUCAAGGCUGGGAUUCCGCUGUCGCGGAAGCCAGUGAAAUUUAUAAAACUAGGAUGCAUAAUCUAUGCUGCGACAAUUGUCAUUCUCACGUCGCUACAGCGCUCAAUCUAAUGUGCUAUGAUAAUUCCAAUAGUUGGAAUAUGGUAAAGUUAGCGUUUCUUAUGCUAGUGCACGGAAAGUAUGCGAGUGUUCUAGGAUUUCUUAAAACUUGGGCACCGUUCUGUUUGCUCGUCGCUACUGCAACCUUGUUUUGCCUGUUUCUACGAUAAUUCGGGUGUCGAUUUUACCCCUUUUACUCAUCUUUUCGUCUCUGAAAUUCAAGUUAGCCACGUCGGUCGUUCGAUACGAAAAGCCAUUGUUCUGGCAGUAAAACAGCCAGCCGUUUGGUAAUUUAAACUUUAUUACAAACACGCAUCGACUCUCUAAACUUACACUUAUGUUACAGAUAUACAAUAUCGUGACACCUAUGAUGUAAAAGUUGAUGAAAGAACUUAAACGUAUCGAUACACGAUAUAUUACAAUGCAGUCGCGUCAAGUUGUAAUUUUUUGUUUAAAAAAAAUAAACUUAUACUCGCGUUUUGUCGAGUGUACAUACA